AUGGCUGCCAUCGCUGCUUUCAACGCCGGCCUGGCGAAGAGCGCCUUCAAGGGCUCCAACGCGGGCCUCAAGUCCUCCGCGCGCGCGCCCGUCGCGCGCGUCGCCACCGUCGUCCGCGCGAAUGGCACGGACUACGGCCUCGGCCUGGAGAUGAAAACCACCGCGCAGAAGUCCAUCGCGAAGGGCGGCCGCGCGCCGGUGCCCCUCGAGCUCGAGAAGGCGAGUCAAGGCUCCCGCCCGUCCUCGAGAUCCCCCGCGAUGCCGCUCCCGCUCAACACGUUCAAGAACAAGGCGCCGUUCACCGGCAAGAUCAAGUCCGUCGAGCGCAUCGUCGGCCCCAACGCCACGGGCGAGACGUGCCACAUCAUCAUCGAGCACGGCGGAAAGAUGCCGUUCUGGGAGGGCCAGUCCUACGGCGUCAUCCCGCCCGGCACGAAGGUCAACUCCAAGGGCAAGGAGGUCCCCCACGGCGUCCGCCUGUACUCCAUCGCGUCCACGCGCUACGGCGACGAGUUUGACGGGAACACGGCGACGCUGUGCGUCCGCCGCGCCACGUACUGGGACUCCGAGAAGAACGCCGAGGACCCGGCGAAGAAGGGCAUCUGCUCCAACUUCCUCUGCGACGCCAAGCCCGGCGCCGAGGUGAUGAUGACCGGCCCGACCGGGCAGGUGAUGCUCCUCCCCGAGGACCCCGCGACGCCGGUGAUCAUGGUGGCGACGGGCACGGGCAUCGCGCCGAUGCGGUCGUACAUUCGCCGCUUUUUCGUCGAGGACGUCAAGAACUGGGAGUUCAAGGGUUUGGCGUGGCUCUUCAUGGGCGUCGCCAACUCGGACGCGAAGCUGUACGACGACGAGUUCUCUGAGUGCAUCAAGCGGUUCCCCGGUCAGUUCCGCGUCGACUACGCGCUCUCGCGCGAGUCUCAGAACCGCAAGGGCGGCAAGAUGUACAUCCAAGACAAGGUCGAGGAGUACAAGGACCAGGUGUUCCAGCUCCUCGACGGCGGCGCGCACAUGUACUUCUGCGGCCUCAAGGGGAUGAUGCCGGGCAUCCUCGAGAUGCUCGAGGGCGUGUGCAAGGAGAAGGGCAUCGACUACGAGGAGUGGCUCGAGGGGCUCAAGAAGAAGGGGCAGUGGCACGUCGAGGUGUACUAAGCGGCGUCUGAUGAUUUCGGCGCGAGCGUUUUUUGCGUCGAAGACGACGACGCACUUGACUUUUCCCUCCGUCGCGCCGAGCGUCGCGUCUUUUCUCUGCUUGACGCGAUGAUUGUUUAAUAUCACUCACGACCGUACUCGUGAA